AUGUCGUACCAGAUGUCAGAAAAUUCGUCGAUGAACAUUAAUGACGAGGGUUCAAUGGAAAACGAAACUGUGGAAAAUAUGCUCAAAAUGGAUAUUGAACCACCAAGAGUUAUUUUGAAAAAAGAUCCAAUAAUAGAAUUUCUCAAAGAAAAUGUAAAAACUGUGUUCAUACCAAAAUAUUUACAUGAUCAUUUUCAAUGUGCCGCCCUUACAACCGAUGAUGUUUUAAUUGGAUAUAAAUCAUCAAGUAAUACAGACGAAGAAUUUUUUUUAUGCACCACGGAUAAAGCUAAACAAUAUGUCGAAGAAGCACAAACACAAGCACAAAAAGAACUUGAACAACAAGUUGAGAGGUCCAUGUAUCGUAAAAUAGGUUAUUGGGAUUCCAAAGGCAGUGAACAAGAUAUUGAAGAUAUAAAAACAGUUUUAACGCAUGAAAAGGCUAAAAGAAAAACAGUCAAUAGGGAAAUGCAAACAAUACCAAAAUUAAAAGAUAAUAAAUGCAUUCAGUCGAUCAUUGAAAAAGAACUAAUUGAUCAACCACAGCCUAAAAUUAAAUCAGAGAAAAUGCUGGACGAUUUUUUACUAAAAAAUACUCCUGAUGUAAUUACUCAGUUACAAUACAACGAAUUGUACGAUAUAUACCGUGACGAUUAUAAGCUGAUGAAACAAAAAAGUAAAAUUGAAGUCAAUCAUAUUGACGAGCUCAUAAAAAUUCAUCCUGGAUACCAGAAUGAGAUACCCCAAAAAAAAUACGUUUCUUGUCAUACUUGGCAUCCUACAAUACCUGGUGUUUUCGCAGUUUCUUACAUGGCUAAUAGCAAUGAAUUGUUAAAACCUGUAAGCUUAGAAAAAAAAGACAAAAAAAUUACUGUGUCAGAUGUCAAAUUAAAAAGCAAAGAUUUAAUUAUAUCAUACAAUGAAGACGACGAUGACCAAGAUGAUUGGAAUAAACAACCAAAUGUUAAACUUUUGGAUAAUAUUGACAACGAAAAACUUAUGUCUUUUUUAAAUAAAGAAUUUGUACAGAAAAUGAGAAUUCUUCAACUAGCCGAAGAAGAAAAUAUGAACAAAGAACCUCCAGAUGACAUUGAUAAAUAUUCGCGCAAUUCGUUAAUUUACAAUUCUAAUGAUCAACUUUCCGCAUUCAAUGAGUUCGCCGGAGAAGAUCAUAGUAAUGAGGAAGGCGUACCAAGCAAUCAUACUGAUAACUCAGUAAGCAAUGAGAAAAUAACGCCUAUUAACGAUCUAAGUGAAAUUGAUGAAGUGUAUCACGAUGAUUACGAUACUGAAAGCUUUUAUAAUAUUUGGGGCAGAGACGAUGAAUGGUUAUAUAAUAACAAACUGAGGAACGUUGUUAGAGAUUUACAUAGGAGAUUCAAUAAGAAAUAUAACCGAGAAGCUAAAGAAGAAAAAUUGUUUGAGCUCUUGAUGUCUGAAACUGACAAACAAAAAAUAAAUGAGGAAACUAAAAAAAAUAUAAAAAAAUUAACCAAGGAUAUGUUCGAAGCUGGGGAUAUAUGUAAAAAAUCUAAAUUUAAUAAAAAAAAUAAAACUAAACUGAACAAAGAAUAUGCAUUGUUACAAAAUGAUCAAGAAUCUAUGAUCAAACGAGAAAGUACACCAUUAAUAGAGGAACAGAAUAACGCAGUCAUCAUUUGGUCAAUUAGUGAUAAUGUAUUCCCAAAGUUGAGAUUGGAAAGCCCCGAAGAAGUACGAUGUGUUGAAUUUAACCCUAGAAACGGAAACACCGUCAUAGGAGGGUUGACAAAUGGACAAAUUUGCAUAUGGGACAUCGAAGGAAAAUUAGAGGCAACGGAUUUAAACUUGAGCAUGUCUGAAAAGGAAAAACAACAUAAAAAACAUCUGUAUAUGCACAUGAAAUGGUCGUUAGACGUAAAUUUUAAAACUAGAAUCAGACCGGCAGCCUUAAGCGCCGUCAUAGAAUCUCACGAGACAACAGUCACUGCGAUUCAAUGGAUUCAUCCUAUGAACAAAAUAACUUCAUUGGGCAAACUUAUAUCGACGGAACAAGGUAAAUUUUCAAAUCAAUUUAUUUCAGCUUCUUUGGAUGGGACUAUAAAACUUUGGGACUUGCAACCGAAGUCAAUGCAAACCUAUAAAAAAAAUUCAACGAAUCGUCGUUUCGGGUAUCCAAAAUCUUUGUCAUCUAAUAUAUCACCAUUAAGCAUUCACAACAACCAACUAAAACCAUCGUAUUCGAUAAUUAUCAGAGAACCUGCAGAAGACCUAAUGAAUAGCACCACGCACAGCCCUAUAACAGCGUUGUCCUUUGAGAUACCCUUAAUGCAGUAUAAAUACACCUCUGAUCAACCCUUGACGAUCGGCAAACGGCAAUUCGAAUACGUACCGGAAGAACCCAGCGAUCCAAACCAUAUUUUAGUCGUUGGUACUAUCAUGGGCCAAAUCGGAGUUGUCACUUGGGAAGGAUAUGAUACAUAUCCACGAGAUGGAAACGUAGAAGAGUGCAAACAUAUAUGGUGGAAACAAAUACAUGACGGUCCAAUCAACUGCAUCAAAAGAAAUUACUUUUUUCCGGAUAUUCAUUUGGUAUGUGGCGGGAAAGUAGUGUCAGUUUGGAGUUUAAAAUACAAUAAUGGUCCAAUUUGGUGGAAACGUUUCGAUGAUUUUACAAACAGUGUUUUAUGGUCUACUACUCAUCCCACGAAAUUUCGUGUGUCCUUCAACAACAGUGGCGUUAUACAAUUUUGGAAUUUUUUAGUGCACACUCAUCAACCGUACUAUACGGCGGAUAUAUUCCUUAAAGAUGGGCUAAUAGCAUCAUUGUCGUGCCCGCCUCCACCAUAUAAUUAUAUAGGCACAGAUAGUGUCAUGUAUGCUAAAGGUGUAAACGAUAUGGUGAACUAUAAAAAAAACAGGAUAAUUUGUUUCUCGGAUUCCGCCGGGACGGUAAUGAUAAUGACCAUACGCGCGACAAUAUUAAAAUCAAACGAAAUCGAGGAAGUCGGAAGUUUAUUCCAAGAAGAGUGUGAUUGGUUAAGAGAGUUGGAUGCUUGGAAUGAAAAGUAUAAAUCUGAGUUCGGAGUAUCGGGAGAAAAUGAUGUGGACGAACAUGAUUACAAGUCGAUUCAAUCUUUUGAAAAAUUGCAUGUGAUUGAAAGCGAACACAUCCAACCAAUGUUUUCACAAGAUCAAGUAAAAAAAGCAAUUUGUAACGAAACGUUCAAUUGGUAUAUAAAUCGGAGAGGGCCACAAACACGUUUGGGUAAAAUGAAAGACGAAUAUUUACAAAGAGAAAGUCAAUAUAUGGUCAAGGCCAUGAUGGAAAAAAAGAAUAUCACUCAAAAACAAAUUGAUGAUUAUUAUUAUAAAAUUAUGAAUAGAAAUAAUAAUAAAUCUGAAGAGAUUUUAAUAAUCAGAUCCGAAGCCGAUAAAAAGUAUAGGGACAUUAUAAAUAAAUUAUUAGCUACAGACGAAAAUGUAACUACUUUCAAUUUUUAACUACAAAUUAAAUCAAACACCGAAUUGGAAGAUUCAAACAUAAUAUCUAAACAGCUUCAAAAAUUAUCAAUGCUAAACAUUAAAAUUGAAAAAGAAAAAUUUAUUAAUCACAUAAAUAACAGCCAUUAUAGAUCCGAAAAAGUAAAUUGGGCUCAAGUAUUUGAUUAUAUAGAAAAAGAAGACAAAAACAUAAUAAAUGAUCUAAACAUCUUUAAAAAUACAAACUUUCGUGCCUUAUCCAGGUUUGGUGUCUUAUCCACGGUCUUGGCGCGAGUACAAAGUUAA